AUGUCUAGUGGGAAUAGAGGCGGUGGAAGAGGUGGCCGUGGCAAUUAUGGACCUCGGGGAGGCAGCGGCAGUUUCCGAGGCGAUAGAGGCGGACGUGGUGGACGUGGUGGAGGUGGAAGAGGAGGGUAUGGAGGGCCGACUGGCAGUGGUCAGCAAACUAUCCAGGUCUUUCCCAACUCUCAAGGCCAAAACCCCCAGGUUACAAAGGUCGAAGAUGCAUUGCACCCAGCAACAAAGCACAAGCUCGAUCUUAGUAGCCUGAAGCUAACCGAAGGCUUUCCCGGCCGCCCGGGGUAUGGCACCCGGGGCACCAAGGUUGAACUCACGGCAAACUACGUCGAAUUAUUGCCGCCGUCGAACAUGACCCUACAUCGAUACGAUAUACAGAUCAGCCCAGUAGCUGCUGGUAAGAAGCAUUUCCGGGUUGUGCAGCUACUGCUCCAGGCGCCGGAAUUGGCCCCUCUACAGGGCGAUAUUGCAACAGAUUUCAGGUCUACUCUCGACGAGGUCCUCGUUGAGGUCCCCUAUCGCUCAGAAGGUGAAGACGAACCGACUGCUAGGGCUACCAUAUAUAAUGUUCGCGUCCAGUAUACGAAAACUUUAAAUAUCGGCGAGUUGGUCAACUACCUGAACUCAACAAGCCUCAGCCAGUCAUUGCUAGAUAAGCAGGAGUUGACGCAGGCUCUGAAUAUCUUUCUGAACCACUACGCCAAAUCCUCAAAGAACCUUGUCACAAUUGGAUCGACAAAGAGCUUUUCUCUCAGCAGCGACGCAGCAAGAGGAGACAUCGGCUCCGGCUUGGAAAUCAUUCGAGGCUUCUUUUCGAGCGUGCGCGUAGCGACUUGUCGCAUUCUCGUCAACAUCAACGUCAGCCAUGGAGCAUUUUACCAUGCUGUUCCUUUACCGGGGCUCAUGAAAAGUUACGGACUUCGCAGCACCGUCAUGUUGGAAAGGUUUCUCAAAUUGGUUCGGAUACAGACUAUGCAUCUUCCCGAGAAGCGUAACAAAGCCAACGAAGUUGUUCCCCGCGUCAAGACUAUUUUCGGGCUGGCUAGGAAGGACGAUGGACAUGGCUUGGCCCACCCACCGCGCGUUAGACAGCACGGGGCAGGUGCCAAAGAUGUGGAGUUCUGGCUCGAUGGUGAAGCCAGCUCCUCUAGCGCACCUAAGCCGGUAGCCAAGGGAGGCGCGAAAGGGAAGGGCAAAGGGAAGGGUAAGGCCCAGGCAGAGGGCUCAGCCGCUUCUACCACUGGGAGGUAUAUUACUGUGUUUGACUUUUUCAGGAUAACAUACAAUCGAGUUCUACAAGACCCCCAGCUUCCGUUGGUUAACUGUGGCAACCGGGACAAUCCGAUGUAUCUCCCAGCUGAGGUCUGCCUUGUCCUCCCGGGUCAGACUUCCAAGUCGAAACUUGACAGCGCUCAAGCGCAGCAUAUGAUUCGCCACGCUGUUCGAAAGCCGUGGGAAAAUGCGGCCGCGAUUGUUAGGGAGGGUGUGCAGACUGUUGGUCUAGAUGAGAACGCCAAUGUACUUUUGCGUUCUUUUGGCCUGAAAAUCACACCGGGACUUAUCAAAGUCCCAGGUCGCAUCCUUUUUGGUCCAAAGGUUAUCUACAAGAACAACAAGGCUGCUGGUCUCCGCUUCGGUAGUUGGAAUAUGUCGGAUAUUAAAUUUAACAUUGGCGCGUCACUUGCUAAAUGGUCAUACCUGAUGGUCUCUAUUCCUGGGAUACGCGACUCUUUCGAUCAGCAAAGCCUGCGGGCCGUUAUGGAUGAGUUCCAUGCCGCCCUGCAGAAAAUUGGCGUCAACGCAGCUCAACCGUUUCCAGGUCAACGCCUCCAACUUCAACAUCCAGACGAUCCCGCGCUCGACUCAGCUUUACAGCGUGCCGCUGGAGCUUUAGAUCUGCUUUUCAUCAUCCUGCCCGGAGCAAACAUACCAUUAUACAAGCGCAUCAAGACGAUCGCCGACAAGAACUAUGGUAUCCACACUAUCUGCUCGGUGGGUUCCAAACUAGCGAAAGACCGCGGCCGCGACCAAUAUAUGGCCAAUGUCGCUUUGAAGUUCAAUCUCAAGCUCGGCGGCAUCAAUCAGAUGGUGGAGAACAAGAAUCUCGGUAUCAUCGACCAGAACAAGACGAUGAUUGUCGGCAUCGACGUCACGCAUCCUUCACCUGGCUCGUCUUCCAACGCGCCUUCUGUCUCUGCAAUGGUGGCCUCCAUUGACAAGUUCCUAGGCCAAUGGCCCGCAACCUUGCGCAUACAGCGCGCGAGACAGGAAAGCACCAAGGGCAAACACGCCGCUCUCCCAGAGAAUAUUCUCAUUUACCGUGACGGAGUCUCCGAAGGCCAAUAUGACAUGGUCCUCUCGCAAGAGUUUCCUCAACUCCGCCGCGCAUGCGAACAGAUGUACCCAGCAGCUGACACCAAAAAAGGCCUUCCGCGCUUCACUAUUAUAGUCUGCGGCAAGCGGCACAAAACGCGAUUCUAUCCCAUUACCGAGCAAGACUGCGAUAGGUCUGGCAAUACUAAACCCGGUACCGUCGUUGACCGCGGAGUGACUGAAGCGCGGAACUGGGAUUUCUUCCUGCAGGCACACGCUGCACUUCAAGGGACUGCACGCCCAUGUCACUAUUACAUCGUGCAUGAUGAGAUAUUCCGGCAGAUCUAUGCGAAGUCGAUUCCACUUCCGUUCCAGAGCAUCGCCGAUAUCGUUGAGGAUCUCACACACAAUAUGUGCUACCUGUUCGGCCGCGCCACCAAGGCUGUUAGUCUAUGCCCCCCAGCGUACUAUGCUGACCUCGCGUGCGAGCGCGCGCGGUGCUAUUUGGCGAGUCUUUUUGAUACGCCUUCGCCGAGUACAGUCCCGUCCGUAACGGGAACGUCGGCAGCUGGAGGGACCGGGCAGCCGACUGCUGAUGAUGUACAAAUCCAUCAAAAGCUGAAGGAUACGAUGUUCUAUAUUUAG